GGAAGCUGCUCUGGCACUCCUGUCCCACCACCUCAGUCUCAUGCCAAGCACUUUGCAGACCUCAAGUUCACCCUCUUCAGGAUCCCCAUUGGGUGGUCGUAUGCUCAACCAGCGCUCUCUGGUGACCUCUCCUCAUCCUACAUGAGCACCCUCAACGACGCCAUCAACAACGUCUUUGCUGCUAAUGGCGGUGCUAAAGUGAUCAUUGAUCUACACUGCUACGGACGUCGCGAUGGUGCUGUCAUUGGCGCGGGUGGACCUACGAUUGCUCAGUUUGCUGACUUCUGGGCACGCGUUGCAGCACUGUAUAAGGGUAAUGGCAACAUCAUCUUUGGUCUCAUCAACGAACCCCAUGAUCAAGAUGCUGCAACGCUCUUCCAAAUACAACAAGCAGCAGUCAAGGCAAUCCGCAAUGCAGGUGCUACAUCACAACCCAUCUUGCUCUCUGCUGGCGAGUGGUCUCAUGUUUCUGGCAUGCAGAGCAAUGCUGCUGGUUUGUUUGAUAUCUCCGACACAGGUCGUUCUUCCAAGAGUCUGCUGUGGAUUGACUUGCAUGCCUACCUCGACUCUGAUGGCUCUGGCACAUCGCGAACGUGUACUACGGAUCAAGCAACCAGCUUUGCCUCUGCUGCUUCUCUGCUCUCCUCGAACGGCAGACAAGCACUUGUGACUGAAAUUGGUGGUUCGAGCGAGGCAUCCUGCGUCAAGUUUCUUGCUCAAGCACUGGACGCUAUUGGUUCGAGUCCAGCACAGUACCUCGGCUGGGCAGGAUGGUCUGCUGGUGCCUUUUCUACGUCGUAUGAGCUGAGUAUGGUGCCCAACGGAGAUGGCUCAGACCAAGAAAUCACAAAAGUAUUUGCCCGGGCUGGCUCUGCUUGAUGUUCUUGUUGCUAGUGCUGGUCAACACGCAAUGUAUCCGGUUCAUCUUCAUGCUCAUUUUGGUGGCUUGGUCAGUGCCGGUCGCUGUCCUUCCUCUACCUACCUCUCAUCUUCCAUACACGCAGCUAGUCUCCUCCAUUCCCAU